UCAGCUAUUGCUUCUGAAAACAGAAGAGGUUUCUAACUGCCUCUCAAGCAGCCCGAUUCCAUUUGCUUUUUAGAGUCACUUUAAUUCAGGGGGAUAUUUUGUCCUGCUAUGAAACCUUUCCUUGUGCUAGUGCUCUGCAGUAGUUUCUUUUCUAGCAGGGCUACCCCUCUUCCAUUUGAGUUUCUUGACUGCAAUGACCCCGAUGUCUCGGAAGCUGUCGAUGCAGCGCUGCAGAAAUACAACGCAGAGAGGAGCACUGGUAAUCAAUUUGCUCUAUACGUCGUGAUGGAAGCCAAAAAAACAGCAGAUCCUGACAUACAAUUCCAUGUGAAAUAUAAAAUACGAGAGAGCACUUGUGCCAUUGAGGAAAACAAGGACUGGAAAGACUGUGAUUACAAAGUACCUGCAGAAGCUGAAACCGGAGAAUGCACAGCUCAAGUUCACAUCAAUAAGGCUGAAAAAACAAGCAAUGUCUCACAGGUUUGCCAAACUAUUCCAGCUGUGGCAAAGGUAAUGCUCUCUGAGGCUCAAUGUCUUGGAUGCUUUCACCACAUAUCAAGUGACACUUCACAAGUGUCAGAAAUUCUGAAACAAGCCAUCCACCAGUUUAACAAGCACGGUGGCGAAACUGCCCUUUUUAAACUCGUUGAAAUAAAAGAAGCAAAAAGACAGGUGGUAGCUGGAUGGAAUUACAUAAUUAAAUAUGAAAUCAAGGAGACUAAUUGCUCCAGAGACCAAUUUCAAGAUUUAAGUCCAGAGUGCAGAACCAUUUCUACAGGGCGUGUAGGUAACUGUGAGACCAAAGCCUAUGAAAGUCUCCAGGCAGAGAUUGUAGACAUUGCAAGUCAGUGCAAGUUUCCAGCUGAUGAAACAGUAAGCCCUCCCAUUCUCAUUUGUGCUGGUUGUCCAAGCAUUAUCUCGAAAGACAACCCAGAACUGAAAGAACUACUGAAGGCUUCUCUGGAGAAGUACAACUUGGAGACCAAUGAUGAUUUUUACUACAAAGCUGGAGACAUAGAAUCAGCAACAGUUCAGGUGGUUGCAGGGAAAAAUUAUCAUAUCAUAUUUACAGUCAAGAAGACAAACUGCUCAAAGAAAGAGUUUGAAAAACUUAAUGAAGACUGUGAAGCCGCACUUGACAGCGAAUCACUGCAAUGUGAAGCCCAAAUUUACAUAGUCCCAUGGGAGAAUAAAAUCUCACCCUGGGUUAACUGCACUAAAGGACAAUUACCGUUGCUCCUUGCAAGAAGGCCUCCUGGAUUCACUCCGUUCCGAAGCCAAUCCCUUGCUUAUCAGCCAGGUGAAAUAAUAUCCCGCGAUAAAAAGAAAUCAGAAAGCCAAGCACCCAGCCAGGAAACAAGAACAGAGCGUGAACCCGGAGCAGAAGGUGAAGGUGACCCCGGGCAUAAACACAGGCACAAACAUGAGCACAAACAUGAGCACAAACAUGAGCACAAACAUGGGCAUGGACUUAAAAAACACCAGGAUUCCCACGAGAGGCACAGGCAGGGCACUGACUGCGGGCGCAGAACUGGCCACGGGUGUGGGCAUCGAAAACACAGUAAACAUGGUAAACACAAACAUCCCAAACCUGAAUCUUCUGAGGAAUCGGAUGAAAGGGCUUUUAAUCACGAGGAAACCCUCCCACCAUCCAAUGCUGAAAUGGUGUCAGAGCUAGUUACUCCUGGGGCUGCAAGGCAGGAAAUUAGUAUUCCUGUAGAAACAGUAACUCCUUCUGAUACACUUUUAUUUAAUGGGUUGCCAGAUCCCUCAGAAUCUUCUCUUCCUCGAUGUCCUGGAAAACCAUGGAAACCAAUUAUGGACCUCCCAGUUCCUCCUAACUUGCCCAGAGAACUGGUAGAUGAAGACCUCUUACCUUUGGAAGCAGAAAACACCAGUCCAGCAACAGAAAACUCAAAUCCUUCCCAAAAUGAAGACACAAGCUUUGACCUUUCAGACGCUUUAGAGUAAUUCAAGCAUUAUACGAUCCUAUUCUGAGGCCACACACUGAUAACCGAACAAAUUAUUGUCCUUUAAAAUCUAUAAAAAUCUUAAAAGGCUCCUAUUAUGUUAGCUAGGAUAUUCAAAUAGGUCCCCAGCACUUCUGGAGGCCUAAGACCAUGUGUGCAUGUUUGCUUACCUUUGCACACAGGGCAAGCUGGAAAGCAGGCAGUGCAUCAUGGUGCAGACCCAGCCUAUUGAGGAGUGCAGUGUAAGUCAAUAGUUUAAUGCUGCAGACUUUAUAGUUAUAAGUACCUUAGAUGCCUCAAGAUGCUAUAAGCCCACAGUGAAUUACUGCAUCAAAUCUCCCUAUGUUACAUUUAGAUGGUUGGCAUAAAGAAUUUUGCAAAUUGCAUGAAGAAUCUCAACCAACUAUUUCUGAUGAGUAAGACAAAAGCAAGCCAAUAUAGAAGGAUGCCUCCUCUAGGUAUUUAAAACAAUAUUUUUCUUAUUUACUGGACUGAAUAUUUUUUAAUAUAAAACAAAAUACAGGAACCUGGUUUAUUCCUCAAUGUCCUUAAUUAAUAUUCCCAUCAGUCUAUCACUGGCAGGUGGUCUUGCUGAAAGAGUUUAGAGGGACAGCUGACAAACAUAAAUAAAGCAUAUUCCCCAUGGGUAGUAUAUUAACUGAACAGCAGUGGCACUAUUGAUGGACAGAUUUUCAUGUGUCAGAGUGUACAAAUUUUGUGGAUUGGAUGACAGAACUGCAAACACUUGGGAUACCAAAAGGUUGUCUGACCUCUUACAUUACAAGAGGUAGCUUAACUCUGGGAAUCUACCACAGGCUGAGCUCCUGGUGGGAAGCUUAGCUAAAAAGUACCAAAUGUUUCUGGCAAAUAAUGUUUUGGUAAAUGCAGUGUUUCACAUUGUAUGGAUCUGUUAACACAUUACCUGGAAAAACAGACAGAAAAAAAAAUCCAAAUAAAUACUUUAACAUUAGCUCAGUUGACCAAUUUGAACUGCUGCUCAAUAAUCUUCUAAGUUAUUGAAAGGGUGAGGAGCUAUGAAUGGUUCACAUUUACCUGGUUCUGCUGCAAAGGACCACAGAGAGUGAAAACUACAGUCUAAGGAUCCUCCAACACAGCUGCAAAGAUGGACAUCAAGACUAUAUAAACAACAGCUAGAAAAGUGCCCUUCUGUUGUAUACUACCCCUCUACUGUCAUCACCAUACCGCUGAGGAAGAACAAGACAGAUGAAGACUGCUUACCAAAUGUGGAGCAAACAGAUGAAGCCUUGUCCAGAGAGGGAGGGGAGGCUCUUAAAGGAGGAGAUAUUUACAAGAAGAGGUCGGAGGACAGAGCUGGAGAGGACAGGAGCACGAGCAGAAAGAAGAACAGGAGCACGAAGAACAGAAACAGAACAGAAUCUUGGUGCCAAGGGUGGAAACAGGGUGAAUGGGAUGGACAAGAGACCUGAUAGGGGCAGCAGAGUCAAGAAGCAAAAAGGGCAGGAGCUGAAGAAAGGAGACAGAUGCAAAAGCCAACAGCCAAAGACUGCAGGUGGCUCUAACCCUGAGAGGACACUUCCCUACAAGUCACAGAACUAACUUCCCACUUGGACCUAAAUGUCCCCCUGCUGCCCAGCCUGCUGCAGGGCACACCAGCCUCCCUGCUCCAGCUGCCCAUGGGUGCCAGCCACGUGGUGCCACCUCCUGCCCGCCCAGUGGCACCUACCAGCUCUGAUGGAAAGAGCCUACCCUGCUGACCCUGCAGGCAGGCAAGGGCAGCAUCAGCUCCCAUGGGCAAUUUCUUCUCAGUUUAUAAAUUAAUUUUGGCAAAAGCUACAUAAAAAUUAUAUUUUGAAAGAUAUGAACUCCAAAAUUAGAAAAUGUCCCUAAGUUCACCCUGGUUACCUGUAUCUACACAUUUCUUUAACACAGUUUAAUGGUCUGCUAUAUAUACAUAUAUUAUACAAAAAAGUACCGGCUGCAACUGGAUGAUAUACUAGUAACCUUUAACAAACCAAGCAACUUAGCAGGAGCUUCAUGGUAGGUAAGAUAUAAAAAUGAGAACUCUUGGAUCUACCGCUAACCAGAUUUGUAGUUUUGUCUUUCACUUCAUUCCUUGCAGGAUAAAAUGCAAAGUCUAUCUUCUUUUUAGCCCAUGACAGAUUUAAAGUUAUGAAGCUAGGCAAAGGGAUAUCUAGAGAAUUAUCUUUAGUUGUUUGUUUCUUUUCUUUUUCCUUCAAAAUGACUAGAAUGAUCUAGGUUAGAAGUGGAUCUUGUGUGUGUGUUAAU